AUGAUUCUGAGGAGUUUGAUUCUUCCAAUACUUUUGGCUGGUUUAACAUCUGGACAUAUAUCGUUAACAUUUCCACCGGCUCGAUAUCCACCACUUGAUUUUUUGGAUAAUCUUAGGACACAACAACCUUGCGGUGUUCCUCGUCCUUUAGUGCGUAAGUUUUCCAAUUUAUUUUUGAGCGCUCGAUAUACGGAUCUUUAUGUUGGCGAAACCUAUAACAUCAGUUGGCGUAUGCAAUUUGUUCAUAAGGGCGGCUUCCGAAUAACACUGUUAGAUGAAAAUGGAAAUAAGGUUGAACAAAUUUUGCCAGUUUCUAAAGACAAGAAUUUUACGGAUGAUAGUGAAAUAAUAACGCUUUCUGCGCCAUAUAAACCUCAACAAUCCUGUCAGCACUGUAUACUCCGAGUUGAAAAACAAGCACUUGACUUUGGGAAAUCAUAUGAAUUCUUUACCUGUGCCGACAUUAAUGUCUUGCCUGGUAAACCAACUGAUGAAGAUUUGUGUUUGGGUAACGGUGUUUUCAAGGACGGCAAAUGUGCUUGUAAACCAAUGUUUUCUGGAGAAUGGUGCCAAUUUAAAGAUGACUGUUCAAAAGAUGAGGACUGUCAAAAUGGAGGAAAAUGUAUGGAGCAAAAAAAUUCAAUAAUUCACAAUGCCUGUUUCUGCUCAUUUGGAUUUUACGGCAUCAACUGUGCUCAAACAAUGACUAAAAAGCCCACCAAUGACGAAUGUUUCAACUUCCAAAUGCCGCUGAAAAAGGAAACUUUUACCAAUUAUGGUCUGUUCAAUUCAAAAUGCUACAAAAAGCAUAUUUUAAAUACAGACAAUGUCGUAUAUUCAAGGGUUGUUGGGACCGAGUUGGAAUUAAUCAUCGAUUAUAAAGGCACUUCUUGGGUAGCAUUGGGUUGGAGACCAUUGGGAAUCAACAAAUCGUGCAGACUUUUCCCAGAUCUAGAAAAUAUCAAGUGGAAACGAGAUGUUGAGAAUAAGACUUCUUUUAACAAAACAGAAUCAGUGAAAGAAAGUGAUAACGAUAAAAUUGAACCAUUUGACCUGAAACCAGUGCAGAAAGCCGAAGAGCCAAAGAACAACGGAUUUUUAUUGAAUGCACUGGAAGCCGAGUUACAUCCCAUGGACUGUAGUGACAUAAUUACGGCAUCAAUUGUUGAUGGAUAUCUGCGAAUUAACGACAUGUAUUCCAGAGAUAGAUCGACUCCCCUUUCAGAUACAUGGUUUGAAGGAGAGGAAUCUUUGACUGCUGCCUAUGGUAUUGAGGUGGAAGGAAGGACAGUUGUUAUGUUUAGAAGGGAAAUUUCCGAAAUUGAGCCAUCAGAUCAUCCACUUGGGCCUGGAAAGAUUUUUGUUAUUUAUUCAAAAGGAAUAGAAAAGGGAGCGGACAUGAAUGCUGGAAGAAACGUUACUGUCAAUGAAGGAAUGCAGGUUGAGAAUAAGGACGUUUUGAACUACCACGGAAGUAUGUCGCUUACACAGUAUCAUGUUUUUAUUGUGUAUUCAUGCUUAAUCUCUUGUAAUGAAACUAUGCAGCCUGUGCAGUCUGUCUCAAGUCUUCAAGUCUUCCCUUAA